AUUGGAUGCAAAGAUACAUUUAUUCCCCCCCCCCCCUCAAUGAGUGGGAUAAUUCUUCCAAAUAUACAACUCUGAAUGAAUUCACCAAUUCUUAAGAAUAAGUCCCAAAUUUAGACCAAAGUACGGGUAUUUCCAAUAGUUAAAGUGAACAGAAUAUGAUGUCACCAUGUUUGAUAUGUGUAAUGUGAUAUUUAAAUUUAGCAAUUACUCAAAAUGGUUUGUAUUCGUCGUUUGAUUUCGACUGUUAUGUUUUCAGAAUAAAAAUGGCUGGAGGUGGGAAAAGAGUAAAGAAAGAUAAAGACAAAGAUAGAAAAAGAAAAAAGAAGCCAGUGGCGGAGGAGAUCACAAUUGAUGAUGAUGACGAUGAUAACGAAGUCAUGGUAGUAGAGGGCACAGAGAAGGAUUGGGUGCCAGCAGCAGCUAGUGCUGAUGCAGAGCAGAGAGAUGAGGAUGAAGAUGAGUUCGGAGCUAAAGAUUUUAGAGCUCAGAUGGUUCUCAGACCUGAUCAUGAAUCACGACCGCUGUGGGUUGGACCUAAUGGCCAUAUCUUCCUUGAGGCUUUCUCUCCUGUAUAUAAGCAUGCUCAUGAUUUCCUGAUCGCAAUCUCGGAGCCAGUUUGUCGUCCAGAACUUAUUCAUGAAUACAAACUUACUUCAUACUCACUCUACGCAGCAGUAAGUGUUGGAUUACAAACUGAUGAUAUCAUUGAAUACUUGACUCGUCUCUGUAAGACGAGUUUGCCAGCUGGAAUAGUUGACUAUAUCAAAAUGUGUACAACCUCAUACGGAAAAGUUAAAUUGGUUUUGAAGCAUAACCGAUAUUUCGUUGAGUCCUCUCAUCCAGAAACACUUCAGCAUCUUCUCAAGGAUCCAACUAUCCAGCAAUGUCGGCUGCGUGUACCGGAAGCGUCGGCGGAAACAGAUCUGAUCACAGAGGAACCGGUGAAGACGACAAUUCCAAGCUUCGGUGCGACGGCGCCGGCCAAAAAGCCGGAAGCCGAAGCGGUGAAAGGUGGCGAGGGGGAAACUGUUCCGGAGGAUAUAACCGCGUUCUACAGUAAGAUAGAUCGUGAGGAUGAGGAUGAUGAAGGUGAAGAUGCUGGGAAUAAGAAACUAGUCAGCUUCGAGGUAAACUAUUUCUUUCUAACCUAUGUACGUAAGACGAAAGUGUUGGUGCCGAAUUUUCCUAAACACAUGGAUAAAAAUCAAGUUGAAGCCCCGUUUUUGGUUGUUUUUAAAUUAAGGAAUGACACCCUAAACCCUGACAUCAACAUAGACUUAAAACCUACCGCCAUCUUGAGACCCUAUCAGGAGAAAGCUCUCAGGAAAAUGUUCGGUAACGGCAGAGCCAGGUCUGGUGUAAUUGUACUCCCUUGCGGGGCUGGUAAAAGUCUGGUGGGUGUAACCGCCUGCUGUACUGUCAGGAAGAAGGCUAUAGUGCUGUGUAACUCUGGUGUUAGUGUCGAACAAUGGAAGACCCAGUUUAAGAUGUGGAGCACUGCUGAUGAUAGCAUGAUUUGCAGGUUUACAAGCGAUGCUAAAGACAAACCAAUGGGAUGUGCAGUGCUUAUUACAACAUUCAAUAUGAUCACUCAUACACAGAAAAGAAGUUGGGAAGCAGAGCAAACUAUGAAAUGGAUUCAAGAGCAGGAAUGGGGUAUUAUGGUCCUAGACGAAGUGCACACAAUUCCUGCCAAAAUGUUCAGGCGUGUGUUGACCCAGGUACAGUCUCACACAAAGCUGGGUUUGACCGCUACUCUAGUCAGAGAAGAUGAUAAGAUUGCAGAUCUUAACUUUCUUAUUGGUCCAAAGCUGUACGAGGCUAACUGGUUGGAACUGCAGAAGGAAGGGUUUAUUGCCAGGGUGCAGUGUGUUGAGGUAUGGUGCAGUAUGACACCGGAGUUCUACAGGGAGUAUCUGAGCAUGAGCUCCAUGAAGAAGAUGUUGCUCUGCGUGAUGAACCCAAAUAAGUUCAGGGCCACCCAGUUUCUAAUCAAGUAUCAUGAGAGGAGGAAUGAUAAGAUUAUUGUUUUUAGUGAUAAUGUGUAUGCCUUGAAACACUAUGCUAAGGAGUUGAAUAAACCGUAUAUCUACGGUCCUACAUCACAAUCGGAGAGAAUCACUAUUCUUCAGAACUUCAAAUACAAUCCAAAAGUGAACACAAUUUUUGUGUCUAAAGUAGCAGAUACCAGCUUUGAUCUACCAGAAGCGAACGUUCUGAUACAGAUAUCAAGCCAUGGUGGUUCUCGGAGGCAGGAAGCUCAAAGGUUGGGCAGAAUUCUUAGAGCUAAGAAAGGUGCUAUUGUGGAUGAAUUCAACGCUUUCUUUUACACUCUAGUUUCUGAGGAUACGCAAGAAAUGGCGUUCAGUAGAAAGCGUCAGAGAUUCUUGGUUAACCAAGGAUAUGCGUACAAGGUUGUGACAAAACUGGCAGGGAUGGAUGAGGAUAUGGAUCUUAUGUAUAAAGAGAAGGAGCAACAGGUGAACCUGCUGCAGCAGACCCUGGCUGCUAAUGAUGCUGAUGUAGAUGAAGAAGCUCUCAUGCAAGGAGGAAAGGGAGGAGCUACCAGGAAGUUUGGAAACAUGGCGAGUAUGUCCGGGGGUGAUGAUAAUCUCUACCUGGAGCUUAGCAGUAAAACAAAGUUUGCGCAUCCACUGUUUAAGAGGUUCCGAAUGGCGAAAUAAGUUUGUGGGACGAGAAAGAUGGACAGAAAAUCCACGUGGAGAUGUUAAUCUGCGCGGGAAAAAAAUGUGAUAAAAAUUCCAAUUUGUAUUUUUCAAUAAAUUUAUUUGUUUGUUUAA